CUCACCGUUGAUAUCAAAACCUCUUCAGCCUCGAACCCUCCCUCCCUCCCCCAUCCAGUCAACAUCACAAGAUGGUCGUCAAGAUCCGUUUAGCACGCUUCGGUCGUCGACACGCACCAAUUUAUAACAUCGUCGUCGCACAUGCUCGGUCCGCACAAACGAAUAGGCCCAUAGAAGUAAUCGGCACCUACAACCCCAUUCCAGUCCCACCAGCCGAUGGCAUAGGAAAAGGCACAAAACAUAUUGAGCUAGAUACCGCGCGAGCGAAAUACUGGCUAGGUACUGGAGCGCAGCCUUCGGAUCCUGUGUGGCGAUUAUUAUCCAUGAUUGGAUUACUGGAACCUAAAUGGCCGGUCGCAAGGCUACAAAGCAAAGCGGGGAAUAGUGCAAUUAAACCGGAGGAGCCCAGGAAUGUGGAGGAUGUUACGAAGUCCAUUCAAGAAAAUAUCGGAAUCAGAGAGCCUGGGGCAACCACAAGGGAAACUUGAUGUCUUUGCGAUAUAUUUGGGACGGAUUGUACAACAUUUUCGGGCUGUUAUGGGCAGCUAUCUGGAAGUGAAUAGAUCGGAUAUUUCUGCGAGUCUGUCGAGAGCGGUCUGCACUGGAUGAGAUUGUUAUUCUUAGAGAAACACCGUAUCUCGAGAAUAAGAAGGCUCAAAGAGUAGUCUACUGUGUCUAUACUCUAGUAAAUGGAUAAGUCGGCGGAGUUUACUUGUCACACUCGAGAACUCCAGUGCGCCAUCCACGAACUACGGUAGCGAAUCGCAUGAGCCUUGCUUAGUUGCGAUGUUUCAUCUACUCCUCGCAGAAGGUCGGGUCAAUUUUGUCAGGCGGAUGCUCUUGAUAGGCCCGUAUCCUCACCUUGAAGAUAGUUCACUCCCCCGGUGAACCGGCCGCUGCUUUUCCAUUGGAGAAUUUCUCGAGUGAUUCAUAGUGAUGAAAUGCGGCUCAAAACGCCAAGCUUUCACCACGUCCAAGAUGGCUAGCCCCACUGCUCGAGUGCCGGUACUUAGGUAUGCUACAGUGUCAUCAUUCGUUGAGUUUAACUUUCCACCGGAAAAACACACGCCUCCCCUAUUUCGCCGAAACCAUCAACCAA